GAAAGCAGCUCCCACCAGAGGGAAUAUUAGCAUCAUAAAGAUGAAGGGAGACGCUGCAUAUUCCACUGGGGGCUCACGGCAGAAACAGGAGGGGAAGCUCUGGGACUCCAUGAAGACAACUGGCUUCAUACUGGGCACUAGCCUGCUGCUGUUUGCUGCCUUCAGGAACUCUGUCACCUGGCACUUGCAGAAGUUCUGGGGGGCUUCGGGCGAUUUCUGGCAGGCCCAAUGGGAGAAAGUGCUCCACCUGCUUGGAGGAAACGAAUGGGCAAUUUUCUUUCUAGGCACAGCCUUAGUUCCGAGCCUUGUUUACUGGGGCUUCAACGGACUCCUGAUGGUGGCAGAUGUGACCGGAAAGCCAACUUUCAUCACCCGUUACCGCAUUCAGUUGGGCAAAAACGACCCUGUGGACCCAGCGAAGCUGCGGCAGGCUGUUCACACAGUGAUGCUUAAUCAGCUUUUCAUCUCUCUCCCAAUGAUGAUGCUCAUGCUCCCCAUCAUGAAGUGGCGGGGACAGCCCUGCAGCAAGGAACUACCCACCUUUCACUGGUUCCUCCUGGAGCUGUCCAUCUUUAUCCUGGUGGAGGAAAUUCUCUUCUACUAUUCACACCGGCUUGUUCAUCAUCCGCUUCUGUACAAGCGCAUACACAAGAAGCACCAUGAAUGGACAGCCCCCGUUGGUGUGGUCUCCCUCUAUGCUCAUCCGGUCGAGCACGUGUUUUCCAACAUGUUGCCUUUGCUGGUGGGUCCGAUAAUCCUGGGAUCCCAUGUUGCCUCCAUCAUGGUGUGGCUCUGCCUUGCUAUUCUGGCUACAUCCAUCUCGCACUGCGGCUACCACCUGCCUUUCCUCCCCUCGCCGGAAUUCCACGACUUCCACCACCUCAAGUUCAAUCAGUGCUACGGAGUCCUGGGGGUGCUGGACCGCCUGCACGGAACAGACACGCUCUUCAAGCAAACCAAGGCCUACGAGAGGCACGUCAUCCUGCUGAGCCUCACCCCUCUCACGGAGACCAUUCCCGACUCGCCCAAGAAAGCCAAGUGA